UAUGGGCAACGUAACCAUCUAGGUUCGCUGCUAGUUAUACAAAUACACCAUAGUGCUUAGUGAACUGCCUUCUUUGAACAUCUCAUCUGCCCUUUCCCUCACCGUUUCUUUCUCCCCAGGAGAAGCGUAAGGAUUCCUGCCAUGCAAUCUCUUUAAGAGGAGAAAGGAAGCCUAGAAAAUCUACACCCACCCACAGGCAGGAGACGGGGAGAGAGAGAAAAAGAAAGAGAGGGAGAGAGAGAGAGAGAGCAGGGGGUGAAGGAAAGAGACAGGAAUAACAGUCGAUGGAUGCAGCCUGGACGUUCUGGUCAGUACAAUCUUCUGUGACAAGGACCAGAGUGCUGCAGGGAUGGACGGGAAGGGAAGACACAUUCCUCCAGCCAUGGUGUGGUGUGAGCGGGGAAUUCAGGUGCUUCUCACCACUGUGGGAGCAUUCGCAGCCUUCGCCUUGAUGACCGUGGCCAUUGGCACGGACUACUGGCUGUAUGCUCGGGCCUUUAUCUGCAACAGCACUGCCAACUCCUCUCAGGAUGACCCUCAUAACAAGGACAAGAAGGAUCCGGGAGCCCUCACCCACUCCGGCCUCUGGAGGAUUUGCUGCCUGGAAGGAUUGAAAAGAGGAGUGUGUUCCCAAAUUAAUCAUUUCCCAGAAGAUGCUGAUUAUGACCAGGAUGCUGCCGAAUACCUUUUACGUGUAGUCAGGGCCUCCAGUAUAUUCCCUAUCCUCAGUGCCAUAUUAUUGCUGCUAGGUGGAGUGUGUGUGGCAUCUAGUCGGUUCUAUAAGACCAAAAGACACAUCAUUUUGGGAGCGGGCAUUUUGUUUGUCGUGGCAGGUCUGAGCAACAUCAUUGGCGUCAUUGUAUAUAUCUCAGCAGCGCUCAGCGACAUCUCUCCCAAAAAGGAUGAAGACAAAAAAUGGCACUACUCCUACGGCUGGUCGUUCUACUUCGGCGGCCUGUCAUUCAUCCUGGCGGAGGUGGUGGGCGUUCUGGCUGUCAACAUAUACAUUGAGCGCAACAAAGAACUGCGCUGCCGUUCACGCACCGACCUCUUCCGCAGCACGACCUCCGCUGUGUUGCGACUGCCCGGAUACCGCUUCCGCCGGCGCUCUUCGCGCUCCAGCUCACGCUCCACGGCAGAGCCGACCCGCUCACGUGAGCAAUCCCCAACCUCAGGCAUGGAUCCCAAGAACUUCGGUCCGCCCUUGGCUGCCGGCCCACCACCGUUUUCGGUAGCCACGCUUCCCAAUCCUCAUACUCACUCCGGAGGAGGGAUGGGGGAUAUUUCGAUGUACACGCUGGGUAGGGAAGGUAAGCCGCCCAUGUACGGCACAGUCGACCGUGCCACGCUCUACCAGCUCCAUAAUUACUUUCCAACGAAGGAGGGAGGUGGAGGAGCACUCAUGACGGGUACGCUCCCUUCCCUCUCCAAGUCUAACCUGGCUGCGUCGGCCAACGCGACCCUCAAUACGUCGUCUUCCUCCGGCCCCCAGCAACCGCCCCUGUCGGCUGGAUCCUCCGCAAACAUGGAGAGGGAUCGAGGGAUGGGAACCUUGGAUCGACUGGGCAAAGGAGACAGCUCAAAUACUAACACUCUCAACAGGAGAACAACACCUGUGUAAUGACAAGAGGGUCGGGAAGAGAUUGAAAGAUUUUGUGUACUGGGAGUAAUGGGGGGUGGAGGUAAGGUAGAGAAUUAAAAAGCAACAGCGAGAAAGGGCUGAGAAACAAGCGACAUCUACUUUCAAGAUGAAACAAGAAGGCAAUACAUCCUCUUUUUCCCUCCAUUUCUGUUUUCGAACACGGUGACUCAAGUAACAGAAUUCCAUCCGCACUUCUUAUUGAUUCAUGUUGAAAUACUCGAUGUGUGUGAUGGUGAUCUUUGGUUCUUCAAACUCUUUCAAUUCCAGUGCUUUAUCAUCAGGUUAUGCCUGUAACUUAUUUAGCAUUCCAAUAUAGUUGUCGUUUUUUAUUAUUAUGGUAUCGUUGUUAUUGCUCCGUUAACUUAUACAGUACAUUUUUACCGAGGUGUUAUUUUUUUGCACAAUUAUCCAUUUAACUUAUUUCCUUUGAUAAACUCAAACUGUGAUUUUUUCCUUGCACAUGUUGACACUAUAUUUUAUGAUGUCAUUCAGUGUCAAGCAUGUGUUUAUUUGCGAGAGUGUGACUUAUAACAUUUUUUAGUUUUUACAAAGAUUGAUAUUUAGACCUGUGGACUUUUUCAUUGUAAUCUUAAGUGUAGACGUAGUAAAGUCUUCAUAUGAAUAUAUUUGAUUUCUCAUUUAACAGUCUUAAUAUCGUUAUGACGGAAUAAUGUUUAUAAUGAACUACUGUUGUAGGACUGGAAGUAAAACAGAGAAAAGAGAGACAGAACAAAAUAGAAGUGAAAGGCAUUCAUUUCAGGGGAGCAAUAUCUAUACCUUAAAAACCUCACAGAAAAGACAAAAAAAUCUAUUAAAUAUAUAGGAUAUUAUAAAUAUAUAUAUAUAUAUAUAUAUAUAUUUGUGUGUGUGCGUGUGUGUGUGGAACAACCUUUUGGGUAAAAUAAAAUAUGAUAUAUUCUAUGAAUGUGUAAAACUGGGAUCUAUGUGCAUAUUGUUAGCAGUUUUCACUGCAGCGUUUUAUUUUCAUGUUUGUAACUUUGUAUGCAUGGUUCAUAUCCAAUAUAUGAUAUAUUCAUAAUGCUCUGCCUCCCGGCUUUUGUGCAUUAUGUCUAAUGUAUGUGGUAAUACAGAUGGAUAGGAUGACAGAGGUGGGUCAAAGGGUUGGCAUCAAGAGAGAUUUUUAAAGAGUGUAUUUUUAUAAAAAGUCAUUAUUUCUUGGAUGGGGUGUACAGCAAACCAGCGGACUGCCAUGAUCACCUGAUGUUUGCUGAGCAUUGUAUCAUCUGCCAUCCUUUAUAGCGGAAACAUGUGUUUACACAAUGUACCUGUUUGUAUGAACAAACUUUUAUACAGUAGCUGUAUGGCAGCAUCUUUCUAAGGCAAUUAAAACUAAAAUGACAUGUAGAUUUUUACAGUUAAGCCUUAGCAUGUUAGCACAACAUUGCAUUCAAGGUAUAGCCUACAUUUUAUUAAAAUUUGUAUUCCCUGGGGAUCAAACCCAUGACAUUUGCACAUAUCAAAAUGCUCUAUGAGCUACAGGAAGACGCAUAGUAGCAUGCACAUAAGUAUUGUAUGAAAUAGUCUAUUUUAUUUUAGACUCAUUUGUAUCUCAGAUAUCAUUGAAGGCAGCAUAAUGUUGUCGCCAACCGUUUCGAACAACCUUUACAUCUAGAGGAAGUCUAUGCAAAGGCUAAUCUCCAGGAGUUGAAUACAGGAAUGAGGUGUCUCAUACGCACACACACACAAACACUGUAAUUAUAAAGAGAACAAUGCAUUAAUGCCCACGCCUCGCUCAAGGGAAGGACAGGACUGAAAGUGACACGCUUGCUUUUAUAAAAAAUGCUGAAUGUGUGUGCGUCCAUCUUACAGCAGAUUAUUUGCUUUAGGUCCUCUAUCCAUAUGAUUCAUGUUUCAGUUUAAAUCAGUACCAAGAGUUCAUACACUGUAAAAAUAAUAUAUAGAGUAUUUAUAUUUGCUGGUUUAGAUUUUAAGUAGAAAUUGCAUUUACAGGUCUUUUCAAUUGCCUUUUUAAAUCUUUAUUAGGUGCGAGGACCCCAUUGUUCUUUAAGGAGUUAAUAUUAUUAUCUAGAUUUGAGCUGCUGCUGUAACUUAUACAUAUAACAAAUAUAGCUAAAAUAAGUAUCAACUUCAACUUCAUUUUAUAAUUUAACAGCUUUUAAGGGUGUAUCAAAACUUCAUCCUUUUCAAUAAAAAACACACACAUAAAACUUACGUAUACAAACACAUAGCAGCUACUGUAUAUGGUACUGUUUUUAUGGUACUGUUUUGUACGGCAUAAUAAAAUUGUUAAUUUAUUUUAGAAAUCUUUACUGUAAAAAAUAAAUAGUUUUUACAGUAAACAACCUCCAUAAAAAUACAGAUGACAUGUUAACAGCUUUACGGUUAAAAAUUGUAAAAAUACAGUUACAUUUUUUCAACGUUUGUAUAUUUUACAAUUAUUAACUGUGUAUUUAAUUUACUGAUAUAUAUGUCUGUUUAUAUGAAUCUGCUUUGUACUGCUUUUUGUUU